AUUCUCCGUAAAGGUGCUGCUAUACAAACCCAAACAACUUUUGAACAAACUUGUACCGACAUAAAUCAACAAAUGCAUGCAUUUUCCCAACAGAUAAAACACUAUGAGUCGACCAAGACAAAAGAAAAAUAUGCAGAGUAACUAUUUUGAAUCUGAUGGAGAGACCUCGCCCAGGCAGAACUACGGAAAUUUGGAUGAAAAAUUGACGGGAAUUUUUGAAAUUGACCAUAAAAGUUAUGAUGUUACUUUAUCAGACACCAAAUUGAAUUGGAGUCCCAUGGGCACAGUCAUAAAGAAGAAAAAGUCGAAGAAGAAACACAAAAGUCAUGAUGAUGACAAUGAAAACCAGGUUUUGUUAAAGGAUAUAUAUGGAGUGAGAGUCAAAUACCAAAAGCCUGGAGAUGGGAUGGUUCUUGGUGUGGAGGUGUACACUUAUGAACGUAAAGAUUUCAACAGAUUGAAAGACAGGCCAAUACUCUUAGGUCAUCCCAGUGGUGAGGUGUGCAGUUUAUGGGCAACUAGGAUCGACCAAAUCAUAUCAGGGUUGCCUGGUAGACUUCGGAAAGUGAAAGUAUUUGUCCAGGCGCAUGCUGGGAUCAAAACUCGUUAUAUAUAUAGGGCACUUGUACACCCCAUCCUUCUUGGUGCUAAAAUAGAACAGGACAUUACAGAGGUGAUACACAAUGAAACAAUUAAACAAGAAAUGGUACAUCUCAAACUCUCCAAUUAUGACUGUAUUAUCUGUGUCGGUGGAGAUGGAACUGUUAAUAAGCUUGUAAAUGGACUCCUUAAUAAAACCCAACAAAACCAUGGAAUUGAUGUUAAACCAACCACCAAUCCAGCUAAACCUAUGAUUCCAAUUGGCAUUGUACCUACAGGAUCUUCCAACAAUAUUGCCCACUCAGUAUUAGGGACAGAUGACCCAGUUUCAGCAGUUCUACACAUAGUCUUAGGUCAUAAAUGUCCAGUUGAUGUAUGCUCAACAUAUCACAAUGAGAAGUUCCACAGUUGGGGAUUCAACUUCCAGUACGGGUUCGGUGGCAAUAUUCUUGUUUUCGCUAACAGAUACUCAAAGUUGGGCCAGCGAAAGGUUGAGGCUGCUUUCUUAAAAGGCCUAACUAAGUCUAAAUUAAGGCCAUAUGAUUGUGAUAUCCAGUACAUUCCUAGUCCCAAGAAUACUGAGAGUAAUCCACUAGAUGGCGUUGUAUGUCACACAGGGUGUUCUGUGUGUUUGGACUCAUCUAUGGGUGGAUCUAACUUUGGAAGUGUCUACAGUGACUCCCUACAGGAAUAUGACCCUCUUGCCAUCUCUGGGACCAGUAGUACCAUAAUAGAUCUGACCAAAGAAUCUCCAUGGCGAUCAACUAAGGGAUCGUACAUGAACGUUGCUGUUUUCACUCUACCUGGGCUGAGUGAAAUGGCGCCACAAGGCCUCAGUAAAUAUACACAUCUGGCUGAUGGGUGCAUGGAUUUGGUCCUUGUGAGAAACACAGAGAGGAAGGACUUUAUUCGAUAUCUCAAACGUCAUGGGAAUUCCAAAAAUCAGUUUGACUUUCCAUUUGUCGAAGUACACCGAGUUAAAGACCUGAGAAUACGUGGACGUUUGGGGACAACUUGGAAACAUAAAGACUGGGACUUCAAUGAAGUACAAUACGAGAUGAAGAAACUUGAGCUGAGUGUUAUAAGUGAGAGGUCUAUGGAGGUUGUGAAUGAUCUUAGUGAUAUUGAUGAUGAUGAUGAGGAUAUUAAGAGUUUAGGAUCAGGCGCAGGGUUAUCUGAUGAUGAUGAAGAUAAUAGUAAUGAUCCAAAGGCACAAAACAACAUGCGACAGUCCUACUCAGCACCAGUGUACCGUAAAACAUUCUACGAACAAAACCGUGAACGCAGAUCUAAAAAGACAAGAGACAAGGAAGAAAAGAAGAAACAGUCGGAAGAAAUGAAGACAAGGUCUGUUUGGAACAUGGAUAGUGAAAUUCAGCGAGAUAUAGACUUAGAUUUUAGAAUCCAUCCACAGUUGCUUCUAAUUUGUGGCCAGGGUCUUCAUCCUCAGACUCCUAGGCAAGAGGCCAAGAUGGGGUGCUUACCAGCUUUCUAAUCAGCUACCAGCUGCAUUGUGGUCAACAUGCUGCAUUGUGGUCAACCAGCUGCAUUGUGGUCAACAAGCUGCAUGGUGGUCAACAAGCUGCAUUGUUGUUGAUAACAAACUUUCACUACACAAGUCUUAUUUAUAUAUACUUAGCAAAUAUGCUAAGAUGCUUUAUGUGUGUACUAUGUACAUUUGGAGAAAAUGGGUGGAUUUUCUGAAAUAUAUUAGUGUUAAUAUGGAGUCACAUCAGACACAAUCCAAAAUAGUUUAUGAAAAGGGUAAAAUGUGUACAGUAAUAAGUGUUAGUGUACAUACCCGGGGACAAUGUUUGAGAGAGAGAUUCUCUGUUAGCCUUAAGAAAUUCUGUGCAUGUACAGUAUGUAGAUGUAUAUAAUCUCAGCUAUUGCUUCAGAUUCUAAUUCAAUUUUCACUUUUUCUAUUCCGUCCAUUCCAAAGUGUCAUACUAUCUGCAAGCUAGAUUUAUGUAGAAACCUACAUUCUUAAAAUCUGUAUUUUUUAUAAAGUCAUAUUUUGCAAAUGUGAUAUAUCUUCGCUUCAUAAUACACAAUAAUGUAUAUUUUUUAUAUUGGCACUGGUGUGAUGCCUUGAUUUGAAGAAUCAUGCACACAGAAUGUGUAGGUGUCCUUACUAUGAAAAUGCGGUCUAACUGUUAAAAGAGUUGUAUAAUUGGCAAUGUUUGCAGCUUCAAUAAUAAAGGAUGUUGCAAAGAUAACAACACAAAAACUGAGAUAUGUUAAAUCAAAAUAUCAGAUAUACGACUAUUAAAAUUCAAUUAUUUGCACCAAAAUAUUGCUAAUAUCGUUGAAGGGUUGGAGCAUUAUUUUUUAUAGUAAGGGCUCACUUGUGCUUGUCUUUAACAUAUCUCAUCUAUUCUAUACUAUAUGUACAUUUAUAUCUAUUUGUUCUCUAUAUAACUGAUGUAUAAAACUUAGAUCUGCACCCAGCUUCUGUGAUAUACUCAACUACUUCAUAAGCAGCUUUAGAUCUGCACUGUAUAGUAAAUAUAAUAUAAAUAUAAUAUCAAUCUUUAUCCCAUAGUUGAGGUCA